AUGUUUACAACUUCUCUUCCACAAAUUCGUAUUGAACAUAUAACAGCACAAAAUACAUGUGCUGAUAUUACACCAUGGUGGUUUCAGCAAGAAAAACCAUCUCAUUGUCGUUUUCCUCAGACGUAUGAUCCAUUAUCGAUAUAUCACCGCCGAAUGUAUGAUUGUUUAGCAAAAUAUCGUACAAUGACAAAAACAGUUUCAUUAGAUUUUAGUCAAAAUCCAUUUUCACCUACGAUUGAUAAUACUGAAGCGCUUAUUAUUGUACUUAAUGAAUUACUUUGUCAACUGGAUGUUAAUUUAUGUUUUACAAAUCGAAAAGUUGAUUACGAUGAUAGUACAUAUCGUACAGCAUGUGGCGUAGGUGAUCAAAUGCAAAAUUUAGCUCAUCAUUUACAACAACAAGCAUCCGCAGCCGAUAACUUAAUAAAACAAAAUAAUAUAUUGCAACAUAUACAACCAAAAAAAUAUGAUUAUAAAUUUGAAGCAGCUUUAAAACAUUUAUAA